AACAGAAACAUCAUUAGAGAGCAUAAAUAUGUCUUUAACAGGGAAAGUGGAGAGUGAGACAGAGAUUGCAGCAACUGCUGCUAAGUUCUAUCAUGUUUUUAGAAAGCAACUUGAACAUGUUCCUAAUAUAUCUCAAGAAAUACAUGGAGCUAGAGUGCAUGAAGGUGAUUGGGAAAAUGUUGGUUCUGUCAAACAUUGGGAAUAUACAAUAGAAGGAAAAAAACAAAGUGCUAAAGAAAAAAUUGAGACUAUAGAUGAUGAGAAUAAGUUAAUCACAUAUAGUGUCUUUGAUGGGGAAGUGAGUGAGAAUUACAAGAGUUUAAAUGUGACAUUUCAAGUGAUUGAUAAGGAACAUGGUGGUGGGAUUGUGAAGUGGAUCUUUGAAUAUGAGAAGGUAAAGGAGGAUAUUACAGGUGUGUCUCCAGAAGCAUACUUGGCCUUUGCUGAAAAGGUUACAAAGGAUAUUGAUGCUCAUCUUGUCAAAGAAUAGCAAAAAAAAGAUGAGGAUGAAGUGUGUUUGGUUUGAGUAUGUUUGCUUUUCAUAUAUACUUUAUUGUAAUGCAUGGAGUGUCUGCUUAAUGCUGGAAAUAUGUUUGGUGUGUAUAAAUGACUACUAAAUGUUGGUGGGGUUGUGAAAUAGACUUUUGAAUAUGAGAAGUUAAAGAAGGAUAUUGCAUUUGGAUCUCCAAAUUCAUACUUGGUCUUUGGAGAAAAGGUCACAAAUUAUUGAUGCUCAUUUUGUCAAAGAAUAUCAACAAAGAUGAGGAUGAUGUGUGUUUGGUUGGAGUGUGUUUGCUUAUCAAAUAAACUUUGUGAUGAUAUAUAAAUGUGAACUAAAUACUAGUAAAAUAUUUUUGUUUGUAAAAUGUUUAAUUUAAAUAAAAUAUUGUUGAGAAAAUCAAGGGUUUUACACACAAAAAAAAUAUGUUAAUAUGUGUGAGGCAAAUAACAAAAUCAAUUGUUGGAUUUAUAUGAAAAAUAGCUCAUAAACUCAUUGUUUUAA